AUGCUGGCUCAGUUUCAGCAAAGGUAAGCUGAUUGUCCCUCCACCCCAGCUCCCGCCCUACAAUGAUGAUUUUCUUCAUAUCUCACGACGGUCGACAUAGCAGUCAAAGACUGCAUUGAUGAGAUGGUCCCUGACUGGACCUUUCAUAACUGAUUCCAACACUCCAUUGCGCACUCACUGCUGCUUGCUGGCUUUGAAACAGCAAUGCUGACAUUCAUUAUUAGGGCAUCAUUCAUGCAAGUCAUCUUCAACAUUGUCAAGAUGGUUGCGCCUUGGAAGCUUUGCAGCCAUGGUUAUUGGCUGGCCUCUACAAGUACGGACAGCACCAAUGCUGCGGCCUCUCCGCAGGAGGAUGGAGCGAAGAUACCACGCCCGAAGAAUGCAUUCGUGAUCUACUCGAUUGCCUGAGACGACUUUUGCCUGGACGCAGAGAGCUUUAUUGCGUGUGCGGAAAGGCGACGAGUGGGCCGCCAAUCCUAUCACCGCCCAUGAGGAAGCUCACACGCCGGAUCUCUACACUGAGCAGACUCGCCAGGAGCAGCUUGACUUCGACUUCGACUUCAGUCUCUUCUUCAACUUCGAUGUGGCCUCUGGCGUCCCUGUGAGAUGGACGUGA